AUGGGUCACCUCACAUUUCUUUCGCUGCUUGCCCUUCAAGCUUCUCAGAUCACGUUGACUGACGCCGCAGUCGUCACACCCCAACUGCCGCCGCAGCUCGCACAGAUCGGUGCCUACAACGGUUCGGCCUACUCGCCGCCCGUCUACCCUUCGCCAUGGAUGGACCCCGGGGCGCCCGGUUGGGAGGUGGCCUACACCAUGGCCAGGGACUUUGUCUCCCAGCUGAGCCUUCUCGAGAAGGUCAACAUCACGACCGGCGUCGGAUGGGAGAGCGAGCGCUGCGUCGGCAACACCGGUGGCGUCCCCCGCCUGGGCAUGCGCGGUCUCUGCCUGCAGGACGGCCCUCUGGGUGUCCGCAUGAGCGACUACAACAGCGCUUUCCCCGCCGGUCUCGCCGCCGGUGCUACGUGGAGCCGCCGGAUCAUCUACGAACGCGGCCUGGCCAUCGGCCGGGAGUUCCGUGACAAGGGCAUCGACAUCAUGCUCGGCCCUUCCCUCGGCCCUCUCGGCCGCUCCCCCCUGGGCGGCCGCAACUGGGAGGGCUUCGCGGUCGACCCCUAUCUCCUCGGGCAGGAGGCUGCCAAGGCCGUCGAGGGUAUCCAGAAGGCCGGCGUCAUUGCCUGCGCCAAGCACUACAUCGCCAAUGAGCAGGAGCACUUCCGCCAGGUCUCGGACGCCGCCCUGACCGGCUACGAGAUCGACGAGGCCAUCUCCGCCAACGUUGACGACAAGACCAUGCACGAGGUCUACAACUGGCCCUUCGUCGACACCGUGCACGCCGGCGUCGGCUCCUUCAUGUGCUCCUACAACCAGGUCAACAACUCGUACGGCUGCCAGAACUCCAAGCUGCUCAACGGCAUCCUCAAGGGUGAGAUGGGCUACCAGGGCUUCGUCAUGUCCGACUGGGCCGCCCACCACUCGGGCGCCAGCGCCGCCGCCGCCGGCCUCGACAUGUCCAUGCCCGGCGACAUCGUCUUCAACUCCGGCGACAGCUACUGGGGCGCCAACCUGACCCUCUCCGUCCUCAACGGCACCGUCGCCGAGCACCGUCUCGACGACAUGGUCAUGCGCAUCAUGGCCGCCUUCUUCAAGGUCGGCCGCACCGUCCAGGGCGAGCCCGACAUCAACUUUGCCAGCUUCGUCGACGACCGCUACGGCUACCUCCACCCCGCCGCCGAGGCCGGCUGGGGCGAGGUCAACAAGCGGGUAGACGUCACUCGCGGCCACGCCGGGCACAUCCGCGAAUCCGCCGCCAAGGGCACCGUCCUGCUCAAGAACACCAACGGCUCGCUGCCUCUGUGCAGGCCCAAGUUUGUCGCCGUCAUCGGCGGCGACGCCGGUCCCAACUCCCUCGGUCCCAACGGCUGCCCCGACCGCGGCUGCUCCGACGGCACCUUCGCCAUGGGCUGGGGCUCUGGCACUGCCGAGUUCCCCUACCUCGUCACUCCCGACACGGCGCUGCAGAACCAGGCCGUCGCCGACGGCACGCGGUACGAGAGCGUGCUGAGCAACUACGAGUGGACGUCUACCGAGGCCCUGGUCACCGACCAGGACGCCAUCCCCAUCGUCUUCGUCCACGCCCAGUCCGGCGAGGGCUACCUGGACGUCGACGGCAACAUCGGCGACCGCAAGAACUUCACCCUCUGGGCGGACGGCGACGAGCUCGUCAGGAACGUCUCCUCUCUCAACCCCAACACCGUCGUCGUCAUGCACACCCCCGGCGCCGUCGACGUGACCGGGUGGUACGAGAACCCCAACAUCACGGCCAUCCUGUGGUCCGGCCCCCCCGGCCAGGAGUCGGGCAACUCCAUCACCGACAUCCUGUACGGCAAGACGAGCCCCGGCCGCCUGCCCUUCACCUGGGGCCCCAGCGAGGAGAGCUACGGCACCGAGAUCAUCACGAAGCCCAACCGCGGCCGCGCCGCCCCCCAGGACGACUUCAGCGAGGGCGUCUUCAUCGACUACCGCCACUUUGACCGCGUGGCCCCUAAUAAGGGCGACGUGGGCGCCCCCAUCUACGAGUUCGGCUACGGCCUCUCGUGGACCACGUUUGAGUACGCGAACCUGCAGGUGACCCCGCGCAACGCCCGCGCCUACGAGCCCACGACGGGCGAGACCAUGGCGGCCCCCUCGUUUGGCGGCUACAGCCGGGACCUGUCCGACUACCUGUUCCCGGAGGGCUUCAACCCUCUCAAGCUCUUCAUCUACCCGUACCUGUCGUCGACCGACGCCGCCGAGGCCUCCAACUCGACCGACUACGGGAGGGAAGCCUCCGAGUUCCUCCCCGAAGGUGCCCUCGACGGCAGCCCCCAGCCCCUCGCCCCCGCAUCCGGCCCCAACGGCGGCAACCCGCAGCUCUGGGACGUGCUCGUCACGGUCGAGGCGACCAUCACCAACAACGGCAAGGCCGUCGGCGACGCCGUGCCCCAGCUCUACGUCUCCCUCGGUGGCGAGGGGGAGCCCGUCCGCGUCCUCCGCGGCUUCGAGCGCAUCGAGGGUAUCGCGCCCGGCCAGUCGGUCAAGUUCACGGCCGACCUGACCCGUCGUGACCUGUCCAACUGGGAUGUCGCCAAGCAGGACUGGGUCGUGACGGAUGCGCCGAAGAAGGUGUUUGUCGGUAGCAGCUCGCGUGAUCUGCCGCUUCAGGGAGACCUCUGGCUGUAG